UAUAUAUCUGUAGGAUGUAGUUGUCUGGUGUAUUCAGUAGGUCUACAAUGUUCAAGCUACUAGUACUGGUCCUUGUAGGGCUAACUCUCGUGGCACUAGCAACUCCAACAGCUGCUGUCAAAGAUAAUAACGUGAAUUGGGGAUUAACUAGUGUAAAAGAAAAUAAAGGCAACAAGGAACCCUCUUCAAGCAAGAAAGCUGAAACGAGUAAGAAAGGCAUUAAAAAAAGGAAAAGGACAACGAAGAAAAAGGAAGAAAAGAAAAAAACAAAGAAAAAUAAAGUCUCAAAGAGAGCUAAAAAACUGGAAAAGAGGCAAAAAAGGAAACUGAAAAAUCAAAAAAAGAAGAAUGCAAAAAAGUCAAGAAGAGUUAAAAGUCAAAAAAGCAACAAAAAAGUGAAGUCGGUCAGACAAACAUGUAAUGCAGAUGAAUCAUGUUUGACCAAUGUAUCAAAAUACAUGAAUAUUGUUGGCAACAAGAUUAAGAAUUUCAAUCAGCAGAAGGCAAGAAUUGAAAGGUUUGUCAAACUUUCGCAAAGUAAGGGUGAUAAGAAAGGUGAUUUUCUUCCACUUCUUGUCAAGCUUAGAGAGUCUGGAGGUGGAAAUGCCAGUGCACUCGUUUGUUCUGGAAACAGUACCUCGCCAGCAACUUUAAGAUUACAAGCUAUUGUUGCCAGCUUAACCAGGUGCCAAGACAAUAUCAAGCAAGCUUGUGAGACAGCUUUACCUACUGUAAAUGCUACUCUUCUGGAUACAUGUGCUACAGAUGCAAAAGCUUUCUCAGACGCUGUGGAUAUUUGUACAAAAAAAACUGCUGACAUCUGCACAUGCUGGAAAGACCCAAACCUGGAGACUCUCAACACCAAGUUUAGUCCAUGCAACAUUGCACAACUAAAUGCAGAUGUUACAAAAACACAAAAAAGUUGUGUUGCCGCCUUUUCUGAAUGUAGAGGACUUCAAGAUGAGGCAUCUCAAGUAAUUGCCAACUGUGCAAAAUCCCCCGCAGACGUUAAGAAGAAAAUAGAUGCAGCUACAGCUACUUCGGAGGCUCUAGAAAAAUUGAAGACAGCUGCCACAGCAAUUGCUAAUCAAGCAAGAAAAACCAGAGAUAUCCGAAGAAUUGGUACCAGAGCUGUUACUUGCACUGUUUACAUCAAAACAUUUGAAACAGUUGUUAACAAUGCUGGUAACAAUCCAACAUCAAGUUCUUCCAGUUCUGCAGUAAACGCUCUUGCUAUUGAAACAGUAACUGUUAGUUGCACAGCAACAGAAAAAACAAGCCUGAAAACUUUGUUGACUAUCCUGGAUCAAAUCAUUCUUCUAGUGAAACAGCUAAUAGCGACACUUCAAGCUGAUUAUGCAGCUUUGACUGAAAACCCCACUACCUCUGCACCAGUGACAACAACAACAACAGUCACUACAACAAAGACCACCACAAAAACAUCAUCAACAACAACAACAACAGCCACCACAACAACAACUGCUGCACAAGUCAAAUGUGGUGUAAAGAAGGCUGGCACAAAAAUUGUGGGAGGCGUAGAAACACAGGUGAAUGAGUACCCUUGGAUGGUUAUGAUGGCUAAUCCUCAGGGAAGUUACUAUGGAUGCGGAGCUACCCUAGUUUCAGCAGAGUGGGUUGUAACGGCUUCUCAUUGUAUUUUUACAGAUGGACCAAACCAGGACCAAGCAAUCACAACAAGCCAAAUAUCUGUUGUUCUUGGAGAGCAUGAUCGAAUCUCAACUACAGAAACACAGAUCAGGAAGCAGUUUUUUGUUGAGAAGAUUAUUACACAUCCAGGAUAUGUUCGGGCUACAUUUAAAGAUGACAUUGCUCUUCUCAAGCUCAGUACAAAGGCUGAUCUGAAGAUUUAUACUCCAGCAUGUUUACCACCUACUGGGACAUCGUUUGUUGGGAAAACUGGAACAGUUUAUGGUUGGGGUACAACAUCGUUUGGUGGACAGACCUCUAACAAGCUAUUGGAAGUUAACCAAGAUGUUGUCAGCAUUCCUACUUGUAAAACUGUUUUUGAUAGUUCGAUUCUUGAUGGUAUGCUGUGUGCAGGAGGAGUAGAAGGAAAGGAUUCUUGUCAAGGAGACAGUGGAGGUCCGUUCACAGUUCCUGAUGCAAACAACACUCAUUCAUUGGCAGGAGUUGUCAGUUGGGGUGAUGGUUGUGCAAAGGCUGGUAGUUAUGGAAUAUAUGCUGAUGUGGCUUACUACAAUGCCUGGCUUCAACAACAGUUUGCUGCUAACGGUGGAAUAACACUAACCUAAUCACUCUCCGCACUAAAUCUGAUUAUUUUUCAGUCAGUGUACUGCAAAUUGCUGCAGUACGCUAUGAAAACUUAGUUGAGGGUGGAAUAUUUACCUCAUAAGUUUUAAGUAUUAUAUAUUAUAUAUGUAUAAGUAUAUUAAGUCACUAGCUACAUUUGUGUUAUAGAUAACAGAUCUUUGAUAGUUAUAUCUGCCUUAGUUUAUCAUUUUUAUGUAAAAUGUAUUUCAAGAAUAAAUAUCAUAUGUUUA